AUGGCAAAAUCCAUUAACUGGGUGGUGCUGAUACUGGUGUUGCUGCUUGUAGUGCAGUUUCAUAUUGUAUGCAAGAAACUAUCUACUAAUUGUACUGUCUACGAUGACCCCCUUCCUAUUUCUCAUGGAUUUUAUCAGCCCAGUGACUUUAUCAUUGGUGAGAUGGUCAGUCACAUCUUCUUGCUUCAAAACCCUCUCUCUUUCGACGGGCAGCCCGCACUGAAGUUUGCUGAUAAACAUUCAUUUCCAAAGAACUACCAGAAUGUUUUGGCUUUGGCAUUUGCUGUAAAAGAGGUCAACGAGAAUCACCAAAUCCUACCAAAUAUCACUUUGGGUUUCCACAUUCUCCUCAAUGGUUAUGAUCUUGGAAGUACAACCUAUAAGGCCACCCUAGAUCUGAUUUCCACACGGCACAAGUUUGUCCCCAAUUUUAAAUGUGAUACCCAGAAUACUCUUAUAUCUGUCAUUGGAGCCCGUAUCUCUGAAACUUCUGCCCAUAUGGCUACCAUCUUAGCCAGCUACAAGAUGCCACAGUUCACGUACGGAUCAUUUUCAUCAGUGCAGGGUGACAAAACACUGUUUCCUUACAUGUACAAGAUGGUCCCAAAUGACCCCUUUCAGUACAUGGGUAUUGUCCAGUUACUUCAUCACUUUAACUGGACAUGGAUUGGACUCUUCGCUGUGGAUGAUGACAAUGGGGACACGUUUUUGCAGACAGUGAUACCCCUACUUUCCCAGAAUAGAAUCUGCUAUGAUUUCACACUGAGAACCCCGAAACGGACUGAUAUGGAUAAUUUGCUACAGCGAUUUUCUGAAAUAUGGGGGAAACAUCGAGUUCUUGUGGAUAGCAAAGCGAAUGUAUAUUUUGCAUAUGGACAACCUACAUUAAUGCACACCUUGAGAAUAUCAUUGUUCAUAGCAGAACAAUAUUCAUCCCUUCCUCUUGGUAAAGUGUGGAUUACUACCUCUCAAUGGACUUUUCAGUCAGUAUCCCUUCAAAAGAUCUGGGAUACACAAAUCUACCAUGGUGCCAUUUCCUUUACAAUUCAUUCUAAUCAGCCACCAGGCUUCCAAAAAUUCCUUCAGAUCAUAAAACCUUCCUGGGCAAAAAGGGAUGGUUUUAUCCAAGAGUUCUGGGAGCAGGCAUUUGACUGUUCCUUAAAACAUGAGGAGAGCAAAGAACCCUGCACUGGAGAGGAGAAGCUGGAGAACCUUCCUGGCAUUUUGUUUGAAAUGCGCAUGACUGGCCAGAGCUACAACAUCUACAAUGCUGCUCAUGCUGUGGCACGUUCUUUGCAUGCCAUUUACAGAUUGAGAGAAAAAUCAAGAACUCUGGGAGAAGGACAAAGGUUGGAAUUGCAGAAUGUGCAGCCCUGGCAGCUCCAUCACUUUCUAAGGAUAAUCUCAUUCAACAACAGUGCAGGGGACACUGUGCAUUUUGAUGACAAUGGCGAAUUAAUUGCGGGUUUUGAUGUGACAAACUGGGUAACAUUCCCAAACAGUUCUUUUGCAAGAGUAAAAGUAGGAAGGUUGGAUCCUCAGGCUCCUCCAGGCAAAGAGCUGACCCUCAAUGAUGAUCAGAUUGUGUGGCACGGAAACUUUAACCAGGCAUUGCCCCUUUCUGUGUGCAAUGACCCCUGCCAUCCCGGUUCCAGCAAGCAGAAAAUAGAGGGCAAGAAAUUUUGCUGUUACAAUUGUGCUUCAUGUCCAGAAGGAAUGGUUUCAGAAUACAAAGACAUGGAUUCCUGUGUCACGUGUCUAGAAGACAGCUAUCCCAACAAAGAUCAGAAUGAAUGCAUUCCCAGGGUUAUAAGCUACCUCUCUUAUAAAGAACCAUUAGGAAUCACCUUAGUUGUGUUGGUUAUUUCUUUCUCUCUGAUCACAGCAUUGGUGCUUGGAACCUUUCUAAAGUACCAGGACACGCCCAUAGUCAAAGCCAACAACCGGAAUCUCUCCUACAUUCUCCUUAUCUCCCUCCUUCUUUGCUUCCUCUGUUCCCUGCUCUUCAUUGGGCAGCCUGGAAAAGUGACCUGCCUUCUCCGACAAACAGCUUUUGGUGUUAUCUUUUCUGUGGCCCUUUCCGGUGUCUUGGCCAAAACCAUCACUGUUGUGCUGGCAUUCAUGGCUACCAUACCAGGAUCCAUGAUGAGGAAAUGGGUAGGGAAAAGAAUGGCAAAUUUUAUUGUCCUCUUAUGCCCCUUUAUCCAAACAAUUAUCUGCAUCUUUUGGUUAAGUACAUUUCCUCCAUUCCCUUAUAGGGACACAUCCAUACUCACUACAACUAUUAUACUGCAAUGUAAUGAGGGCUCACCUACCAUGUUUUACUGUGUCUUGGGCUAUCUUGUCUUCCUGGCCAUUGUCAGCUUCGCUGUGGCAUACCUAGCCCGGAAGUUACCUGACAAGUUCAAUGAAGCCAAAUUUAUCACCUUUAGUAUGUUGGUGUUUUGCAGUGUUUGGUUGUGCUUUGUUCCUACCUACCUAAGCACCAAGGGAAAAUACAUGGUAGCUGUAGAAAUCUUCUCCAUCUUGGCCUCCAGUGCUGGUUUACUGGGGUGCAUUUUUUCCCCAAAGUGCUUCAUCAUUGUCCUGAGACCUACACUGAACAACAGGGAGAAGAUGGUAAAGAGAAUGAGUUGA